AUGGCAGGCACCGUGCGGAGAUUGUUGCGUAUCUCUUCGUUGCUUCGAAUUCACUUCGAUCGUCGUAGAGAAUUCCAUCUCUGUCAAACAAGGGAAAUGGUUUCAAAGCCUACUUCGCAGUACACAACCACAGUGGCCAAUUCAGCUCAGUUUAUCGACAUGAGAUCGGACACGGUUACCCUUCCUUCUGACGAAAUGAAGCAAGCCAUGGUGAAUGCAAUGCUUGGAGAUGACGUCUAUGGAGAAGAUCAGACAGUUAACAAAUUGGAGGCCAGAUGUGCAGAACUAUUUGGAAAGGAAGCUGGCCUGUUUGUUGCCAGUGGAACCAUGGGUAAUUUGUUAGCCAUAAUGGCACAUUGCCAACGUGGUGACGAGAUCAUCGUGGGCAAGCACAACCAUAUCCAUCGCUGGGAGCAGGGUAACUAUGCUCAGCUUGCAGGUGUAAGCGCCACAACGAUUGACGUCGAUGGCGAAGGUAAGAUGAAAAUUGAAGACAUCGAGGAGGCGAUUCGAGUGCGCGAUGUCCACAUGCCAAACACGCGUCUGAUUUGCCUCGAAACCACUCACAACUAUUCGGGAGGACGAGCUCUGCCCAUGGAAUAUAUCAUAUCGGUGCGAGAGUUGGCCUCAAAAUAUGGUCUCAAUGUUCAUAUCGACGGAGCUCGCAUCUACAACGCUUCCAUAGCUCUCGGAGUUAAGGUA